GUUUAUUAUUAGGUACAUACAAAUAACAAUAAAGUAUUUAUGGUGUGUAAAAAAUAACAUUUCAUAACGUCGAAAAUUAUUAUAAUCAAGUACUUAUUCCAAAAACGUGUGCUCCGUGUGUCAGAUAUUCCGAUUACAUAUCAGAGCACUUUAUAUUUGCAACUGAAUAUUUAACAAUUCUGUAAAUUCAAACUCGGGAAGGGCAUUUAGUGUGCUGAGUUUACUUGUGUUGUAGUGAUAAAACGAGUCUUCAAAUUUUCACUAUGCCUAACGAAAACACUUUCCAGCCUGUUUAUCUCAAGGAAAGGAAUUUCUCUGAAGCUGGAUAUGAUCGGCAGUCGAAACAAAGUUCAUUAACCGAUUCGGCGGUCCGUUCGAAUUACAAUGCACUGAGCUUAAAAGAAAACAAGGGGAGUAUUGCACUUGAAAUACAAGACGAUCUUGGUAUGCCAGUAAACUAUGUGAGAAUCAAAGUCUUGGAAGACAGUGUAAGGAAGAACAUAAUUAGCAAUAAAAAUUCAUUGCACAGAGCCAUCACUCCUUUACUUAUUUUGAUGCAAAUGUCCGGUCUUUUACCAGUUCAAGGCAUUAGAGGACAAAACACUAGUUAUUUAAUGUGGGUAAUACGAUAUGUAUAAUUAUUAUUCAGUUUUAUUUAUUUAUUUAUUAUCAAAAUUACGGGCUGAGCCCAAUUACACAUAAUAUGAUAAUACUAAUUAAAUUUUAACUAUGAUAACAACAAUGACAAUAGUGACAGUUACUUAUUUAUUUAAUUAAAAACAUGAAUAACUUAAUAAAAGAUACAACAAAUACUAUAGAAAUUUUACAGAUUUAACAGUUAGAAUAUUAAUCGGAGCUCUUUGAUCUCCAUAAUUUAUAAAUUUUAGAUUCUGAGUGAAACGAUGAAUGUAUUGAUUUUACAAUGAUGUGUGUUUUAUU